GGGAGAUGGCAAAAUAAAGAAAAGAAGCUGAGCGGAAAACCAUCCUUUGAGAGAGAGAGAGAGACCACGCCAGAAAGAUGGUCGACGACGACGGUGUCCUCUGAGAUCAUCACCGUCCUGCGAAAGAACGAGAAGGGCAGUGAUCGAAAGGAGAAAACUCUAAAGGAUUUAAAAUAAAAUUCCCUUUGAAUUCUAUCGCCUUCUUCAUCGCCAUUACCAAUCCCAUUUCAACCCUUCCAUUAAGAAUUUUCAAGCACUUAUUAUCGUGUUUCUCUUUGUUUUUCCUGAUACUGCCUUUUGGGAUUCAUCUCAUCUCAUCUCCUCCUUCACCUUUCGCCCUCUGCCUCCAUUUCUUGACGUUUAUAAUUUUCCUCACUAAAGAAUUCGUUUUCCUUUUUUCCUCCGACCUUUUGUUGUUGCAUAGUCGUAUCAUUCCAAAACCAAAUCUCCACUCCUCGUAUCAAGGAAAACAGCACAGCAGCUGCGAAAAGAUUUGCGAGCUCUGAAGAGGUUCAUGCGAUUUUCUCCUAAAGGGGUUUUGUAGCAGAAUUUUACAGAGUACAGAGAUGAGGGACCCUGAUGCGAUGAUGGAGGGGAAGCUUUCACGUUAUUGCAUUUCUUAGAAGCGUAGUUUUGUAAAUCUGUAGAUGGUGGUGGAAUGUAUAAGAAAAAAAAAUAUUGAAGGAGGUGUUUUUCUCUUCAACUUUUUUUCUCCUCGUUGAAGAAAACCUGGCGAGAUUGCAUAGCCAACAUUGCGGCAGUCGGUACAUCAAGCGAUGGGGGCAAGAUGGAACCCACUUGGAUUCCAGCUCCCUUGUUAUCUGCUUUUCUUGAUCCUCGGUCUGCAAAUUUGGCAUUGUCGGUCUCUCAAUUCUGAAGGACUUGCUCUGUUGAAAUUCCGUGACAAAGUGGAUCUCGAUCCAUAUGGGGCUCUUGCAAAUUGGAGCGCCGAGGAUGAUGUUCCGUGCGAGUGGUUGGGCGUUCAUUGUGUGGAUGGUGAAGUUCAAAAGCUGGACCUGACUGGGUUUUCUUUGGAAGGGCUGCUGGCGCCGGAGCUUGGAAAGCUUUGUCAAUUACGAUCCCUAAUACUCUACCAGAAUCACUUCUCUGGUGCCAUCCCUGGAGAAAUUGGAGACCUGACAAAGCUGGAGUUAUUGGAUUUGAGGGGGAAUAAUUUGACUGGAACAAUUCCAGCUGAAAUAACCAAGAUGGUGUCUCUGAGAUUCUUGUUGCUUGGCGGCAACAAACUUGAGAGAACUGUCCAUAUGCAGCUUGAGGAGCUAAAUGUCCUUUCUAAGAUGCAGUCCGAUGAAAACUUCACAUUCGACAUGACCGCUGGAAAAGGAUGCCUGAAUAGAAAAGUUGGACUCGCUCUUUAUAUAAGUUUCAGGUUUGCUAAGGACUCCCCAUACGGCCCUGGAGGCAAUUUGCGUGAUGAUAUUGCUGGCAUCGCAGAGCCAGAAAUGCUCCUGAACACACAAAAUGGAUUUUCAUCACGCCGGAAGUUACUUGGACAGUCAAGUAAUCUUGCUGCUGCCCCUGUUGAUGCUGGUUCUCUCCCUUCGGAGAUCACGACUGUUCCUAUUACCCGGAGUAGCGGGUCCUUCCCAGCUGUACCAGAUGGAAAGAAGAAACAAUCUGCUGCACCACCAGCCCCACCGCCUUUACUUCCGAGCCCUCCCUCUCAGAAUUCAUCCAAGCCUAACGAUGCGUCCUCCCAAACUACUAAUUCAGAUUCCUCACCCAGAGGACUUUCUGAAGAAGCACGGAGAUAUAUCAUCAUUAUCGUUCCUAGUGUGGCCGUCUUGCUCAUCAUUGUCAUCUCCAUGUUCAUCUUCUGCCGAAAACGAGGAGUGGCAACCAUUGGUCCAUGGAAGACUGGAUUGAGUGGCCAGUUGCAGAAAGCAUUUAUUACAGGGGUCCCCAAAUUGAAUCGGUCGGAGUUGGAAGCUGCUUGCGAGGACUUUAGCAAUAUCGUCAGCACAAAUAAUGGAUGCACUGUGUAUAAGGGAACAUUAUCCAGUGGGGUUGAGAUUGCUGUUACCGAGCCCACUGCAAUUUCUUCCAAAGACUGGUCAGCAAGUGUAGAGAAAGCUUACCGGAAAAAGAUUGAUAUGCUGUCACGGGUAAAUCAUAAGAACUUUGUCAACCUCAUUGGCUAUUGUGAGGAGGAGGAACCAUUCACUAGGAUGAUGGUGUUCGAGUAUACUCCAAACGGUCUACUUUUCGAGCAUCUCCAUGUUAAAGAAGCAGAACAUCUGGACUGGACCACAAGGGUGAGGAUCAUCAUGGGAAUUGCUUACUGCCUCCAGUACAUGCAUCACGAUCUGAAUCCGCCCAUGGCACAUACCGGUAUUUCUACAUCAUCAAUAUACUUGACAGAUGACUAUGCUGCUAAGGUUGCAGAGACCGUCUGGUCAGGAUUUCUAUCAAAGGGGAAGAAUGCUGAUGAAGAUAAAUCGGAACAUUCUGAAUUGCCACCUCAUGCCGAUCCGGAGACGGAUGUCUAUAAUUUCGGGGUGAUGCUGCUCGAAAUUAUUUCAGGAAAGCUCCCUUUUUCGGAUGAACAAGGACCUCUUCUUGACUGGGCCUCUCAGUACUUGUAUGAUAAGAAGAGCACAGGCUGCCUCAUUGACCCUACUCUCAAGAACUUCAAGAACAAUGAGCUCGACAUCAUCUGCGAGAUCAUCAUUGAUUGCAUCAAACCAGAUCCGAGGCGGAGGCCUUCGGUGAGGGAGAUCACAGCGAGAUUGAGAGAUGUGAUUGCUAUUUCGCCAGACCAAGCGACCCCGAGACUCUCUCCCCUUUGGUGGGCUGAACUCGAGAUCUUAUCCGUGGAGGCAACCUGAGCUCCCUGUGAUUCUUUCUAUUCAGUGCCACUUUUAUUUCACCGCUCAGACGUAUGCUUCCCACUGCUCAGCUCAAGCUAAAAACUCUGGCAUUGAAAUAAGGUUUUUGUCUGCAUUUCUUACAUCUCUCUAUGAUUCCACUUCUCUCUCCGAUUGUUCAUUCAUGAUGUUCUGAUACCGCCGCCGCGUAAAUGGCGCACCAAGCUCGGGCUACAUAUUACCAUCCAUAAUACGUAUACCUAAUGUAUUCUUUUCUUGGCAAUGUAACUUGCGAAGAGUCUGUCGGGUUUCUGCAUUUCCUUCUUCUCGUCAUUCCGGUGUCCCCGUCGACAUUGUAGAAACUUUGACUCGUAACUAUAUUGUAAUUCAUUCAUAUCUGGUUUGUAAAAAAUGUUGUUUGAUUAAUGAACCGUUUCCGUGUAUUAAAACAGUUUUUUAGACCUAAAUUGUCUUUUCU